UCACUUUAUUUAUAUACGGAAAUUCAAGCGAGGUAAUAUCGUGAAAUUUGAAUAAACAAAUGUAAACACAAGUGAUAUGCACUUGUAUUAGACUAGAAGCCCUCGUUAUCUCUCUUUUCGUUUGUUUCUUCUAAUUUUUCAAUUGAAACCAUGAAUUUAUUCCGCAUGUCCAAGACAUUUUGGUUAGCCAGAUGUUUCAGCAGUUCAACUACAAUACCAAGCUUACCUGCACUUUCUUUUACACCUGAACCUUAUAAGGGUGGCAGCUAUGAUGAUGUUCUUAAGACUAGGAAACAUAUUUAUAGCGAUUACAUUCCUCUGAUGUAUAGAAAACCAGUAAUGAUAACACAGGGGCAUAUGCAAUAUGUAUGGGACCAUACAGGAAAAAGAUAUCUUGAUAUGUAUGCUGGUAUUGUUACGACAAGUGUUGGGCAUUGCCAUCCAAAAGUACUCAAAGCAACAGUAGAUCAGAUGAAUAAGAUAUGGCAUUUAACAAACAUCUACUUGCAUCCAAAACUUCAUGAGUAUGCUACAAAAUUAGUAGCUCGUCUUCCAGAGCCUCUAAAGGUAGUUUAUUUUUGUAAUAGUGGAUCUGAAGCAAAUGAUUUAGCUCUUGAGCUUGCCAGACUCAGUACUGGUUCCUUUGAUGUUUUAUCAUUGAGAAACUCAUAUCAUGGUGAUACUCCAUCUUCAGGUGGAUUGUGUGGAAUGGGUACUUGGAAACACAGUUGUCCACAAGGAUUUGGUGUGCAUCAUGUAAUGAAUCCUAAUCCAUACAGAGGACUAUGGGGAGGUUCAAACUGCCGAGACUCUCCUGUUCAGGUCGAUAGAAAAUGUUCUUGUGGAGAAGGUCAGUGCUUUGCAAAUGAUAUGUAUAUUGAACAACUUAAGGAAACUAUAGCAUCAUCAACACCAAAUAGAGUUGCUGCCUUAUUUCUUGAGUGUAUACAGGGUGGUGGUGGCACUGUGCAGUUUCCCAGAGAUUAUGUUAAAAAGGCACAAAAAAUAGUUCAUGAACAUGGUGGUCUCCUUAUUCUUGAUGAGGUUCAAACUGGUUUUGGAAGAACAGGAAAGUAUUGGGGCUUCGAGAAUCAUGGUGUUAUUCCAGACAUAAUUUCUGUUGCAAAAGGAAUAGGAAAUGGAUUUCCUCUUGCUGCUGUUAUUACUAGCAGAGAAAUAUCUGAUCACAUGAAAAAAGCUAAUAAUUUUAAUACAUUUGGGGGCAAUCCUCUUGCAUGUGCAGUUGGAUCAGCUGUUCUGGAUGCCAUUGAUGAAGACAAAUUAAUGGAAAAUAGCCAUCAUGUUGGUACAGAACUUCUUCUUUCAUUAGCCAAACUGAGGGAAAAGUAUGAAAUAGUGGGUGAUGUUCGUGGUAAAGGCCUCAUGAUUGGUAUUGAAAUGGUGAAAGAUAAAGAAAGUCGUCAACCUUUAUCCUCCGAUAUAAUGGAAUCAAUAUUAGAAGAAACCAAAGACAUGGGUCUGCUUAUAGGACGCGGUGGUCACUAUAAAAAUGUAUUUAGAAUCAAGCCUCCUAUGUGCAUUACAAGUACUGAUGCGAAAUUUUGCGUUGAAGUUCUUGAUAUUGCUAUCUCAAAAGUUGUUAAUAAUAUGUAAUUAAUUCUGAUAAAUAUAUAUAUGGUACAAACAAAAUACAUUAUGGUACGAACAAAGUACAUUAUGGUGCAAGCAAAAUACAUUAUGGUACAAACUAGAUUUAUUUAUUGUAAGUUCUGCUCAGUUUUUGACAAUUUUGUUGCAAAUUUUAUAAAUCUUGUAUAUUUUUAUAAUUUUAAUAAAUCUAUAUUUCUAUGUUCAACUUAAAAGUUUUUGUUUGUUAUAUUUUAUAUUGAAAAAUACAAUCCACAUAUUUUAAAUUUUAUUUUUACUUAAUUAAAAUUAAGUUACACAUAUUUAAUAAGAUAAUUUAGUUUACUUGGGAACUAAAAUAGGCUUUAAAACGCUGUAUUUUCUAAGCUGAUAUUUCAAGUGCUUUUGUAUAUUGGGAUAUUGCAUGAAUUAAUUCUUUCUUACAAUUAAAUACUAACUACAUAUGGUUUUUAGCUUAUUUGUUUUUGUGCAAACUGUUUGAUUUUCAAAAUGCUUACAAAAUUGUAUACAAGAGAACUACUUUUGCAUUUCAUCUUGGUUUUAAUAAAAAAGUACUUUAACUUUCAACAUCAAUUAUGAGGCAGAAAGUGAAUUCCUUUAGUCUGAGUAGUUAAGUAUCUUUUCUUAGGUAAAAUUUAGCUGAAUUAGAAUAUUGUUGUCUUGUUAGAGAAACUUAGUAUGUAUGAUUAAAGUUUAUUUGUAGAUCCAACACAAUCUCUCUAUUUCAAAAACAUGUUUGCAUUAAAAGGAAUUUUCAUCAAUUCUUUAGAUGAAUAUCCUACUUUAUCCAUAAAUUUUGAUCCAUUUUAUUCAUGAACAAAUGUUUUGAAUUUUAUUUCAAGAACUGUUAUGACUAAUUAGGUUUUUGUUAAAUGAUGAUAGGGUAUACUUUAUGCUAUUUAUGAAUAAAGUUAAUAAUGUUAAUAAAGCGCAAAUAUUUUGUGUCA